UAAUUGGUAAGGGGUGUGCAGUUUAGCUCUAGGCGAACCUUAAGGUAUCAGAGAGGGGGAGAAGGGGGAGGCUGAUGUUUCCUCGUGGUGUAGCGAAGGUUGAUUGGUGAUGGGGUAUAUUCACUGUUGAGUGUUGAGUAUUUGCGAGGAUCGUCUCUCGAAGGUUUUUCACACAGAUUUCAAUUCAUACUCGUAAUUUUCAGUGUAAGAAGUUACCAGAGGAUAAGGCUGCGGCCUACGGGUUAGGAUUAGGGUUAGGGUUUAUUCUGCAACAAGAAAAUCGAUUUCGAGUGCUUGUAGGGGUGAGAUAAACAAAGAAGAGGAGAUGUGGCACGAAGCGAGGAGAUCGGAGAGGAAAGUCCAUGACAUGAUGGACGCAGCUAGAAAGAGAGCGCAGAGACGAGCUUUGUUUCUAGCGAAGAGGCGUGGCGACCCUCAGCAAUCUCUCCAGGUUGUCGGAUCUCGGUGCCGCAUGUACCGCGACGACGGCCUCUAUCAAGCUACCCAAGAUCAACAAGGCCUGAUACCAUGGAAUGGGAAGCAAAAUAUAUUGAUUGACAGAUUUGAUGGUCGUUCUCUUCUUGAUUUCAUUCGAGAUAGUGAUUCCCGACAUUUCCGAGUCCAAGAAAAAACAGAAGAGGAAGAAGAACUAGAAGAGUUUGUUAAUUUUGAGCGUUAUCGGGAUUUAAUUAAGCAUCGGCGUAGAGGAUUUACUGAUGAAGAGGGGUUGCAACAUGUUAACCAAGAGAUGGAAGCAAAGUCUGCUGCUCCAUUUGUAUCAGACAGUAGAUCACAUCCAGCACAGCCUCCAAGUAGCAAAGGUUCAUAUUCACAGGUUGGGUUCUCCUAUGAUGGGAAUGGGAAAGAGGAAGCUCAUCUUUUGGAGAGUGAUGAUGAGGAAGAUGAUGAGGAUGUGGAUGAGGAUGAAGAUGACGGUAAUAGUGAUGACAGCAAUGAUGAAGGAAUAGAUACCAUUGCAAAAGAAUUUGGAGUGAAGAGGUAUAAUUGGCUUGUUUACAUGGAUAAAAAAGCCAAAGAGGAAGAGAAACGGCAGAAAGAGGUGAUUAGAGGGGAUCCCGCGAUUAGGAAGCUGAGUCGCAAGGAAAGAAGGAAGGCUUCUCAGAUGGAAAGGGAAAGAGAACGAGAAGCUGCACGUAUAACAGGAACCAGGGUUCUCCAUCAUGAUCCAUACAGGGAGACUCGACGGAGUCCCACGUAUGAAGCCUAUUCUCGUUCUAGGAGAUCAAGAUCCAGAUCUAGGUCACACUCCCCAUCGUAUUCAAGGCGCCAUGAUCGUGGUGUGCAUUCUGAUAGCAGUCACCGAAGCAAGCCAAAGGCUCCCAAAAUUGAGUAUAUUACUGAGUUUGGGGGUUCUACUGACUCGGACCCAAAGCUGCAAGGAUUCUCACCACCACCAUCUCCUCCAUCUCAAGUUGAUGUACUGAACCGGCCAUCAUCUGGUCGCAUACUUGAGGCACUGCAUGUUGAUCCUGCAUCUGCUGUAUCCCUUGACCAAGAAAAGAUCACUAAAGUGUUGAAAUCAUCAACAAGCACAUCAUCAGCGUUGUCGAAGCUGAGCAAACCAAUUGCUCCAGGGGCUGCUUUGAAAACACAACAGGGUGAGAAAAAGGAAACACCUCAAGAGCGCCUUAAACGAAUUAUGAACAGACAACUGAAUAAGCAAAUCAAAAAAGAUACUGCAGUUGAGAUGGCCAAGAAACGAGAACAAGAAAGGCAACGGUUGGAAAAACUGGCAGAAACAAGUAGAGUAAGCCGUUAUAGACCUCGCAGUGGCAGUAGAAGCCAGAGUCGUUCUCCACCAAGAAGAUAUCGGCGUAGUAGAAGUCGGAGCAGAAGUAGAACCCCUCGAAGAUAUUACUCCCGUUCUCGCUCUCGCUCCCAUUCCCAUUCACGCUCUUCCCGCUCUCGCUCUCACUCUCGCUCACCAAGGGUCCGAAGCCGCUCUAGAUAUUGAGUGCAGGAGUGGAGUGAUAUAAAUCCCCUUUUUUUUUUCUACAUUUCCUUUAUUGUACGGUUGUACCUUUUCGAGGGUAGUAGCUGCACGAGAGGCAUUUGGCUCAUUGGUUGAAACAUCCGGGUGAGGUGGGUAGAAGGCGGGGGGACCGGCUAUGCAGCCUUCUGUCUAUUUAUUAUUAACGGUUUUCCCAAGCAUACUUGAUUGAUGGCAAUAUAUAUAAUAUUAAAGUAAGUGUUUAAUCAUCA